GAAAGGUACUAAAUUUAAUUUUUAUAAAGAAACAACCGAAAAUAAAAUGGAUAGUUUUUUCUAUAUAUAUAUAUAUAGCACAUUGGUUGUAUCUAUAUGAGCUCAAUACACAACGGAAAAAUCAGUAUUAAACCAAGUUGUGUACUUUUCCUCUCCAUAAGAAAUGGAAUCUGCUCCCGAGGUCAGCCAUGGUGACACUGUCCUCUCUUCCACUCAAUUGUUCAGUCACCUUCACUUGAUUUUCCUUCAACUUCAGAAUUUAUUCUUUCUCAUUCUCAUACUUUUCUUGGAAACAUAUAUGUUUUUAAAAGGAUGGACUCCCAUUCUCCAUAUCUUCCUCUUACUUUCUAGUUACGUCAUCUUCAUCAUCAUCAUCAAACCUUCACCUUCGGUCUAUUUAGUUGACUUCUCAUGCCUCAAACCACCCACCUCCUGCACAGUUCUUUUCUCAACUUUCCUUCAAAAUGCAAUGUUGCUUGAUACCUUCAAUAAGGAUAGCCUCUGUUUCAUGGAGAAAACUCUCAGAUCUUCUGGACUAAGUGAACAAACAUGUCUUCCUCCAGCCUUACACUUCAUUCCACACAAAACCCAUCAACAGGAAUCCAUCAAUGAAGUUCAUAUGGUUCUAUUUCCUGUCAUGGAUGACCUUUUAACCAAAACCCAUCUCUCUUCUUCUGAUAUCGAUAUUCUUAUUGUCAAUUGCAGUGGCUUUUGCCCUUCUCCUUCUCUGUCAUCCAUAGUUAUCAACAAAUAUUCCAUGAGAAGUGAUAUUAAGAGCUAUAAUCUCUCUGGGAUGGGGUGCAGUGCAAGUGCAAUAGCUAUUCAAUUAGCUGAAAAUCUUCUUCAAGUUCAUCAAAACUCAUAUGCAGUCGUGCUUAGUACAGAAAUUUUGUCGACCGGUUGGUAUGCAGGAAAUGAACGCUCUAAAUUGGCCAUUAAUUGCCUAUUCCGAAUGGGCAGUGCAGCUAUUCUGCUCUCUAACAAAACACGAGCGAAAGAAUCUUCAAAAUAUAAACUAAUUAAAACGCUUAGAACACAGAGAGCUUUCGAUGACAAAUGUCACCUUUCAGCCAUACGCGAAGAGGACAAGGACGGAAAUCUUGGCGUCACUCUGACAAAGGGUGUAGUUCAGGUCUCCGGAGAAACUCUCAGAUCAAACAUAACGAUUCUGGGUGCUUCAAUUUUGCCGUUGUCGGAGAAACUACGACAUGGGGUUUCGAGGCUAAGAAAGCGAUUCUUGGACAAAUGGCAAGAAAUUUACAUUCCGAAUUUUAAGACGGCGAUUCAGCAUUUUUGCUUGCCGGUGUCGGGGGGUGCAGUGAUAAGGGAGAUCGGAAAAGUGCUGAAGCUUAACGAUAAGGAUGUGGAAGCGGCAUUGACGACUCUUCAUAGAUUCGGGAACCAAUCGUCUUCUUCGUUGUGGUAUGAACUUGCUUAUUUGGAAGCUAAAGAAAGAGUUGAAAAAGGAGAUAGAGUGUGGCAAAUUGGAAUGGGCACUGGGCCCAAAUGUGUUAGCUUGAUUUGGGAGUGUAUUCGGCCCAUUUCUGGAGAGUCCAAUAAUGAACCAUGGGCCGAUGUAAUUGAUCGGUAUCCAAUUCUAGGCCCAUCAGCCUAACACUACAAAUCUCUCGACCGUCGCACUUAACAUGAAGUAUGGUAUUGAGAUAUUUAUUCAACAAAUAUGGGAUUUUGAAAAUCUUUAGCAGUAGGCUAAUGUGACCAUAAAUAAUUAAAUUGAGAUAUAGAGCAUAGAAAAUUUUCAUAUUGUUGUGUGAUCGGAAAUUCUUGCAGCUAUGGAGUAACCAAAAAUGGAAAUGAGUAUAUGUGUUAAUGUAUG